AUAAGUUUUCAACAAAUAUUGUUAAUUUCAUUCAACAAUAUAAAUUAGAUGGUGUACAUUUAGAUUGGGAAUUUCCGGGAACUACAACUGAAGGUGCUAAUUAUAAUUUAUUAUUCAAAGCAAUUAAAUCAAAAAUGUCAACCUUAGUCUCAAUUGCAUUACCACCAUCAGAUUAUUCUCUUAGAUACUUCCCAUUGAAAGAUUUAGAUAAAAAUAUGGAUUAUUUCAUUUUAAUGAAUUAUGAUUAUUAUGGACAAUGGGAUUAUACCAUGAAUAUUGGAGUUGGAUGUCAUGUUGAUAAAACCGUUACAGUUGAAUCAAUUGAAAUGAUAGUUAAAUCAGGGAUUAAUACCAAGAAAUUAUAUGGAGGGGUAGCAAAUUAUGCCAGAACAUUUAAAUUGAAAUCAACUAGUUGUACUGGUUUUGGAUGUGCAUUCACGGGACCAACAUCAGGUGCAAUUAAGGGUAAAUUGACCAAUUAUGCUGGAUUUAUGAGUGAGAAUGAAUUGUUAGCAAUUAACAAAUCUGAUAGAACCAGAUGGAGCGAUGCUAAUUCUCAUUGUGAUAUUAUGACUUAUGAAAAGGGAACCAAUUGGGCUGCAUGGAUGAAGGCUGCUGAACGUACUAAUUUGAUACAAUGGUAUCAACAGAUUGGACUUGGUGGUAGUGCCUUAUGGGCCAUUAAUUAUGAUUUACCUGUAAAUUAA